AUGCCGUACACCGACACGGGCAGCCAGCGUACACACCAAAAGAGCAAGAGAACCUGUAUUAAAAAUAGCAGGAGAUCAAAUUUCCAGCUAUCGCGAGCCAGAAGCGACAGUAGUGGAUCGAUGAACAGAGCUGUGACUGAGUUCUGGGAAACUGUAGAACAGAGCUCAGAGAGGUUUCUUCCUUCAGCAGACCUCCUCCUUCUUACGGACAGCAUUGUGUCUUCAAAAAAUGACAGCCGUUCCGGCACCACAGGUGCUGGUCGACCAUUUCAGAACUGGAAGAUGAAAGGUGAACAAGCUAAGAAAGUUGAAUUCAUAAGAACAGCAGAGAAGCUAAAAACUCAGCUUGCAAAUAUAGAAAAAGACAAAAAUGGACAUCUUUACAAUAGGAAGAGCGAUUCCAGGGUAGAAUACAGCACACUACAGGAACUGGAACAUAGCAUGACUCACUUUAUUUUAACAGAAGCUAAAAUCCUGCAGCAGCUAUCGAAAAUACAAAAUAAUGUGAAGAGACUUCAGCAACAAUUAAAAGAUGUGAAGCCUACACCAGAAUUCGUUGACAAGCUCAAGGAAAUGAUGGAAGAAGUUGAAAAUGCAAUCAACACUUUUAAAGAGGAACAGAGGCAAAUAUAUGAACAGCUUUUGAAGGAGGAAAAAACUGCCAUUAAUGAGCUCAGUGUUUUUGAGAGAAAAGUGGAACUGUGGGCGUUAGGCAGCUCAACAUCAGAAAAAGUUUUUAAAUUACCGUCAGCUAGGGUCUCAGUUGAUAAAACACUAGAAAAUCAUCUACCUGAAGAAGUAAUAGAGUUUGAAAGAUUUCUUCAGCAAACAGGAGGGCGGCAAGGAGGCUGGGAUGAUUAUGAUCAUCAAAAUUUUCUGAAAGUAUGGACAAAACACAAAGGAAGGCUAUCUUACGUGGAUGAAGCCCUUGAGUAUCUCUGUGGAAGAACAAAAGAAGAUAUUCAACAGCAUGACAAAUGGUAUCAAGAAUUUCUAAUCUUACACGAAAGAAAGAAAGAGUCAAUUAAGAAGUGGAAAGAAAAGCAGCAGCAAGAAAAAGUAGGACACUUGAAGGAGAAAGAGAAAUCAGAAAAAAUGCUCAAGGAAGAAUGGCUACAGCGUGAAGAAGCUCAGAAGAAAAAAGCAGAAGAAAGAAAAAGACAACAAGCAGCAGUUGAAGCAUGGAAGAAACAGAAAGCAGCAACAUUUGCAAUGGAACAAGCAUCACAACUAAAACUAGAUGAAGAGAAGGAGAAAAAGCAGCAAAAAGAAUACCAGCACCAAUGCCACAUGAAGUUACUGUUGGAAGGGUAUACCUCGCAGAAGAAAGAAAAGGAGGAACUUCAAAAGCUUGAACAGAAGAGAGAGGAAACUGAAAAGGAGGGAGGGAAGAGAAUUGCCACAAAAGAAAUUACCAAGUUUCAAGAGCGUGAUCUGCAUAAACUGGAGCUAAGUAUUCUACAAAAACAUACUGAAGAAGUAGAGAAACAAGAAAAAGAAAAAAAGUUGGCAAAGUUAAGAGAGAAGGUCAAGAUUCAGGUGGCCAGAGACGGGUCCAGGGUGUGCAGAUCUACCAAGGAGGAACGCACGAAGCUGCUCACACCAGCAGCCUCGGCUUUCACGUAUUCCGCACAGGGCUGUCCCAGCCUGGAGCCAAGGGCUGUAGACGAGCACCUGCCUUUGCCUGUCGGGGGACGGCGACGCCCGUGCCUGUGA